GUUGGCUCAAAGAGUUUCCGUGGAAGGGAAGAAGAGUUGAGCGUUGAGAGUCGGUGACCCGAUCGGCGAUCACAGGUGAGACCACCACUGAGCUGACGGCGGCAGAAAGCCACUCCGAUCCGAUCCCUUCUCGCUCCAAUGGUGCGCAAGCAUUACCAAGAAGCCAAGUCAGGCAUCGAGUAUCUGAAAUCGCUGAACUACAACAAGUACCUGAGCAGAGUGGGGAUCGGAAGAGACGACUGGCACUUCUGGAAGCAGAUAGGCAAGGCCCUGGCCUGCACCUACACCAUCUUCGGCCUGGCGUGGCUCUACAACGAGACCUCUCCGCUGGGUUGGUGGACGCUGAAGCCGAGACCCAAGGAAGAGAGGGAGCUGGCGCAUCUGUACGAGCGCCGGGAGUUUCCUUACCCCGGUGACACCGAAGCCAUGGAAGAGUUCGUCGCCAAGGGCGGAAUGAUCGGCACCACCAUCGGCCCCAAGGGCGUGGUGGAGACGACGGACAAGGAUUCGUACAAUUACCAGAAGGACCUGCUGAGCAAGAAGUUCGAUCAGGAGGCCGGGAAGCUGUGGAUCAGGAUGAGGAAUGAAGUCAUUCAGGAGCUGCAAGAGAAAGGUUUCGAGUGAAUCGUCAUAGUACCCAUGAUCACAAACAUCCCUUUUCAUUUCCCUUAGAAAGAUGUAAGGCACACUACUGUUCCUAUUUUGCGCGCCAUGUUCUUCUUCUCCUCCAAAUGUCGAGGGACUCGGUUUCGAAAUGCUCCCCAUGGAAACGCGACAUAUGAGAUGGAAUUCUGCAAAUCCUUACUCCAUGUUCAUGUAAAAUUUGGAUAAAGUAACUGUUCAUGUUGAACUGUUAAACAGUAGUGCUUGGACCAUUGUCGGUAUGUCUUUUUAAGUCCUGCACUUACUUAACAAAACUCCGGAUACCGCAUCAUGGAAAAGUUGGUGGGACUGGGAGAUUGAUUCUGCACGUAUUUGCUUAUGUAAGUACAGGAAUGAAAUCAUCCACACAAAGUGACAAAAAUGGGGACGAAAUAGGCCUAAGCAUUUUCGAGGAGCAGUGAGAGAGGAGACCAGAGUUUUGGGGUACACAUGGUACCAUUGACAAAAUCGAGUCAAGCUGUCCAAUUUCCCUCCUUCUUCCUCAAAUAAUGCAAUCGAGAUGCC